AUGACUGAACGUUGGUUAGACCACAUUAAUUGGCAUACAUUAGGUGGUCCACCAAAUGAUGGUUCUAUCAAUGAAAAAAAUUGUACAUUAUCAUUUCUCAGUAAUCAAUUACAUAUGGGUUGUACAGGUACUUUCGGUUUAGUAUUCGGUGGUGAAGCUAAAAAAAGAGAUUUAUGGGAAGCAGUUGCUGUGAAAGUAAUUAAUGAGAAAGCAACUUAUGAAGGGAAAAUUGAUUUUCUUUCUGAAGCAAAAUUAAUGCGUUCUUUAAAUCAUCCAAACGUUGUUCGUUUAAUUGGUAUCUCCUUGAAUCCAAAAGCAAGUCUAUACCUGAUUAUGGAACUCAUGCUUCUAGGAGAUUUAAAAACAUAUUUAUUAUCCCGUCGAAUUUUAGCUCAAAGAUCACCAAACCAUGAAGACAUACGACCAUCAACUCUUACUCAAAUGAGUAUGGAUAUUGGCCAAGGUUUAGCCUACAUACAUAGUAAGCAUUUAAUUCAUCGAGAUAUAGCAUGUCAAAAUUGUCUUGUUGCUGCGGAUCGUACUGUGAAAAUCGGAGAUUUCGGUCUGACCAGACAAGCUGCUAAAAAUACUUCAGAGGUUUAUUAUCGUUUCACAAGAAAUUGUGAACUACCUAUUCGUUGGAUGUCACCUGAAGCUGUACAAUUUGGUGUUUUUAGUAUACAAUCGGAUAUUUGGUCAUUUGGCAUAACAUUGUAUGAAAUUAUUACUUUUGGUGUAUUUCCUUAUAAUGGUCUUGGAGAUGUAGAAGUUGUGGAACGUGUCAAACGUAUGGAAUUCAGUAUUACUGAAUUUUUACCACCUCAAGCAUUAAAUACCGUAGUAUCAUCAUCAAUGAAUCAAGUGUUAGAAGUAUUAAUAGCGUAUCCAGAUUGUAUUCGACCAUUCCUUACUGAUGAUCCACCGAAACCAAAUACAACAAUCGAUUCAUUACCUUUUCAACCAACUGUAGACACUUGUAUAAUAUCAGAAUCUGCAAUGACUGGUCUUGCUCCAAUCGAUAGUGUUGGUGGUUUUCGUACAAUACGUAGUGCUCCAACUGUAGCCGUCCCAAUAUCAUCAUGUUCACCUUCACCAGUGCCACUAAAUCUUCCUGAUGGUAAUAGUGAUAAAUAUUAUGGAUCUGAAAAACGUCUUAGUGAACAAACAAAUCUACGUGAUAAUACACUGUCCAACCAUCAUACAAUUUUUGAUUGGUCUGAUAACUAUAAUUCUCAUCCGUAUACAGAUAGUUCAGUUCAUUCAAAGUUGACUGAAUUUUAUCAACUUCCAAUGUUUUCUGACAGACAAACCUUAUUUCCUUCAGUAGUAACCGAUGAAAGCAAAGAACUAAAUAUUAUGUCUAAAUCUGGCGAAUCAUCUAGUCUACCUCCCGUGUUUGAUAAUUAUACUACAUCAUUUGUUACAUCUAUUCCUAAUGCUAUUAAUACAUCUAAUGUUUUAUUCAAUCUUUCGACAAGUCCUAUUUCCAUCACUCCGAGUUAUCAGUCAAUCGAUGGAACUAGUCAAUUAAUCAUGAAAUCUCCCGAACUAAUAACUGAUCAGUAUACAUAUUCAACUGGAAAUACUUUGCAUAUUAGAAAACAGAAACGUUCAAAUACCACACUUAUAAACAAUGCAACAUCGAACAUUCUAGAUGGAUUUGAUAAUUUAUUAUCUGAUAAUCAACUUAAUGUACCUCGAAAUCCCAUUCAAACACGGAAUAUUAAUCCUUUGCGACCCACUCGUUCUUUGAUCAAUCUAACCUCUGUACGUUAUCCCAAACACUACUUACAAAAUAAUAUUGAAUCUAAUCACUGUGCUUAA